AUGGCUGUGAAAAGCAGCAUGGAAAGCCCUGGGAAAAGAACGUCAUGGUGCUUGACGGACUGCUUCCUGUUUGUUCAGCGCGCUCUACACGCUCCACGCAAAGAACGUGAUGACAAGCUUUGGGCAGGUUGCGGCCUCGCACGUCGAGAGGUGGAGCAGUACGGUCGUCAACUUGUAUUGCCGAAGUUGGGGCCUGCGGGUCAGCAAGAGAUCUCUCAAGGAGGCGUGCUCAUCGUUGGUGCUGGCGGACUAGGAUGCCCGGUGGCCAUGUACCUGGCUGCGGCAGGGGUUGGACGUCUUGCCAUCGUGGAUGGCGACUGUGUGGAGGAAUCCAAUCUGCACCGACAGAUUGGGCAUCUCUGGCGCAACGUGGGCAAAAGCAAGGCGGCUUCUCUGGCAGAGACCUGCCGUGAGCGGAACCCCAACAUCUCCGUGGAGGCGCACGCACAGCGCAUCACCGACACGGAGGAGGCCGCCUUCCUCAUGAGACGCUAUGAUGUCAUCGUGGACUGCACGGAUGCGCCACGAAUCCGCUACCUGCUGAAUGAUGCCGCCAUCGCUGCAGGCAAGCCGCUUGUUGCGGCGUCGGCUGUUGCGCUGUACGGGCAACUUGCCAUCUACAAUUUCGAGGGAGGUCCAUGUCUUCGCUGUGUCUUCCCUCCGCCGCUGGCCCAAGCCGACUUGGCCCAAGUCUCCUCCUGCGAGGAGAGCGGCGUCCUGGGCCCCGUGGUGGGCACCAUCGGAUCAAUGGCAGCCUUGGAAGUCUUGAAGAUCUUGGCAAAGUCGUCGCCUCUCCACGCGUCCUGUUUGAGGGGGAAGAUGAUGUGCUACGACGCAGCCAACGCCUCACAGCCGACUUACAUGGUGAACCUGAGCAGGCAGCCAAAGUGUCCUGGCUGCGCCAACGAUGCCAGCCAUCAGCUGCUGCCCCCCGAAGGCUGCUGCCCCUACAUGGCCGGGGAUGCUUCGAAUAGCAUUUCGGCUUCUGAGCUUCGCUCCCGGCUCCUGGCCAACCAGCCCACGCUUCUCCUGGACGUGAGGCAGCCUACCCACUUUUCAGUCUGUCGGCUGGAGGGUGCGCACAAUUGGCCCCUUCGCAAGAUCAGCUUUUCGGACAACAAGGAGUGUUUGGAGAAGAUCUCUGAGCUCCUUCCGGACCCAAGCGAUGGUUGCGAGAUCGUUUGUGUUUGCCGACGAGGCAAUGACAGCCUGAAAGCGGUGCAUCUGCUCCGGGCUGCGGGGGUUCCGGCGUGGAAUCUCCAGGGCGGCCUCCAAAAGCUGAUGGAGGCCUGUGGAGCCCCGGCUGGGGGCUUGCCGGCGCUGACGUGA